AUGUGGGGGACAUCCAUGGCUACUACGAAAGUGGGCUGGGAUACGCGACACGCGUACAGCGAGAUCAAAUUUCGCGAUGUUUACAAGCUACUUACUUCUCUUCUCCAAGAUCGAGCCACUGGCCCGAAGAUUGAUGAAAAGAAAGAGUUCCACAAGUGGAGAGUGCCAAAGAAUACGCCUGUCAAUGACCCGAAGGCCAUUGAACAAACUGUUCCGCCGCGAUGUGCAAUGCAGGGACCAAUCUGUGGUGAACCGCCUUCAUGA